CGCAUCCCGCGGCAUCCAUGAACGGCGUGCGGCUGCUCGUGGCGGUGGCCUUGGUGGCGGCGACGGGCGCCGCCGCGCCGCGGCUGCGCGCCGUCGAUCCCGAGGAACCCGACGCGCUCCUCAAGUUCGCGCUCACCGAGCUCCAGCGCGUCAAGGUGGAGAGCCGCGAGAUGGACGACUGCCACGGGCUCGAGCUUGCUUCCAUCGACACCCACGACGAGAAGGUUGAAAAUGGCGUCAAGCACCACCUGAAGCUCAAGGUGCAGCCUACAUUGAUAGUGACACCUGCCUGCAGCCACCGGAACGUCACCACGUCCAUCAACGUUCAUCCCCAGCCCGAAGUUUGCGAGGCCGAGGUGUGGGAAAACCAGGACGAAGACGGCCGUCACCAGAUGGCGCUGCUCCGCUCUAGCUGCUUGCAGGUCGAGGAGCUACGCAACUGAGUUGCUGCACAAUGAACAAACACAUUUAUGGACUUUGCGGAUUUAUUCUUGUCAGCUUUACAACCGGACCUUAGGUAUGCGUAGAAAUUGCAAUUACAACCGAUAGAAUAGAUAUACGAUGUCGGGAAUCUGACGAAAUCUCGUCUUUCCGAGAAGGAAUAUAAAAAGAUUGGGAACAUAAAACAUAUGCCCCGCCAGACACAUUUCAAGGAAUGAGUCGUGCAAAAGGUCAAAAGUAUACACGACAUCAAAAUUCAGGGAAUUCGAAAGACAAAUAAACCCGCAUUACAACAGGGCAGUUAGUCGACUUCGGGUAAUUCAACUUUUCGGUACCGGCAGAGUUCAUCGAAAUAUCUAGCUGGUCGGAUAAAAGAAGAGGGGGAAAAAUGACCACGUGCGUUGCUGCUUAAUUUCGCAGUAUUUAUCCAAAUAUAACGCGCUUUUGAAUCUAAUCCACAACAAAUUUUUAUGGCUUCAUAGUGCAAAAUAAUGUGCUGCCAAAUCUAACUCGCACCUGAUUUGAAACAAACAACAAACAUUUUGUGUUGUUGUUGAAACCUGCAGAGAAACCCUAAAAUUAAAUUUCGGUGUUUUACGUGUCCAAACCACGAUUUGAUUACGAGUGACGCCGUAGUAAGGGCUUUGGUUAGUUUUGACCACGUGGGGUUCUUCGGUAUGCACUGAGUGCAUGCCACAUCACGUGGUUCCAUCGCCGCUCAUCAAUUAGCAUGUAAAAUAACUGUUUCGAAUAAGCUUUCCUAACUAAAGCGGCUCAUGGUCGUCGCCAGCCUACACGAAAACUUGUUCUGUCGCCAUCUUGGGAUGGCAGUGGUGAAAACCUUGGUUCUAACAGUAUAGGUUGAUGCCCGUGCAGCGAACACGGUUUCAUAACUCAAAGGGCGGACCAAAGCGAAACUUUCUUUGCCCCUUCCUUUCCAUCGCGUAGUCACAAUGCCUUGUGGAGCUUCCUGGGCGUCGCCACAAUUGACGGCUUAUCCGUGUCACAAGCAUUGCAGAAACUGCUGCGCUUACCUUUGUACUUACGGCGAGAUCGUAUAUCGCAAGGCGCGCUUGAAAUAACUCACCGCUCACGCAGCAAAGAACAGUCUACCACAUGGCGCUUACUUGAAACAAACACCUUCCCUAAGCUCUACCAUGGCAUCUACCCCGAAAUUUACUCCCCGCUCUGCACGCUGUGUAACCACCUUGUUUGUGAGAAGAAUCUCACGCUUUCGCCAUACCCUCCUCCUCCGCUUUCCGUCUCGCGUUCUCUUCUCUCUCGGCACUUUUUUUCAUCCCCGCUGCGCUCCGCGUUUGCUGUUUCAUCCGCUGCGCUUGGUUGCGCCGACGCUCGACACAGGAACGGGCGCCUGCGCUCUAAAACGCUCGUCUUCUUUUGUGCGCGUUAUAGAACAUCAGGGGGCCAGAAUUAAUCCAGAGUCCGCCAUUAUGGAGUGGCUCAUAAUACGAUUGUGGUCUUGGCACGUGCAGCCCCAUAAAUUACAAGUUUAACACUGCUGCCAUGUGAGGUAAUGGCAUUGCUAACCUUCUCGGAGGCUAUGAACAAUGGCGCACGACAACGCCUCAAGCAAACAAGUCUAGCUGUGUGUUCUGUGUACUACGCAGACAAAGAGCAAGGGUGCACGCAAGGUAACAUUGGUCAACUCACCACUCUCGUAUUACACUAAACGGUAGUAAAUCAUUUUAAGGUGAAAAAAAUUCAGCGCAAACACUCAGGACAUACUACAAAGAAGGGAUGAGACAAGCACUGGCGCUGCCAGUGCUGUCUAACAAGCCAGCACCAGUGCUUGUCUCGUCUCUUCUUUGAAGUUUGUCCUGGGUGUUUGCGCAGAAUUUGUUUCACCUUAAAAUACUGUUGUACCGUAUCGUAUUGCAUUGUAUCGUGCUUGGACUACACAUGCCCUCUAUUUCCAUUAACCACCUUUCCCUCGCUCUGGUAUAAAAUACCGAAUGCAAUAAACAUAAUCAUUCACUGUUGUCUUGACACGCGUGUUGUUAGUUUCUUAGACGGGGACCCGGUCGAUACAACUAUGUACAAACUAGCCCCAACGGAAGUGUUAUUGGUAGGAAAUUAAACGUUCGCCGUGAACCUCACCUCUAAUUAUC